ACCCAAACCGUUUACAGAAACAUGCACCUACUUUAAUUAGUUCAGAACGCUCUAGUCCACCGUCAUGUGGGAGGGAGAUAUAUAUGUAUAACAGGGCAUAAUCUCGUGGCAAUUCCUGUCACUGAGAUAACGAAAAGAAGUUUCUGUCAUAUGUAUCAGCCUCCCGCCCGGAUCUGCGGGACUCAUGGCAUAUGCAUUGUAGAGUCACUGCUAAUCGGCUCACAAAGAGACGCUCAGGAAGUCGUCCACUGACUCGGAAGUCCAUGUGAUUCAAUCACAGGGCUGACUCCCGGCAUUUAAAGAGAGCGACAGAACACCCUUGUCUUUCACACCCUUCCAUUACCGCUAUGGCUGGUGAUUAUGAACUCCUGAAGAGCGGAGAUGACACCGAAGUCCAGUCACCCAAGUCGUAUCGUAUCACACGUCGUGUCGCGAUCGGGCUCAUCGCGUGUCUGGCGUUGGUAACGCUUUCUUUUCUGCACGUUCACCCUCCCUUAUCAGUAGAUCUGGGAGCACAAGAUAAUCAUGACGAGGACUCCGUGAAGACCUGUGCUUCACCCGUACCCCCUACUGCCCGUGCCCCAGCCCCGAUCAAUCCAUGGGCCUCUCUCACCAUCGAGCAGGUCGUUCAGGUCCAUAAGUGGUUGGAGGAACCUACCCGGGCCCUUAACCUGACGCGCGGGGCUAUAUCAAAGCCAUCGGACAAUCACAUAUUCAUGAUAGAAGCGUACUACCCGUCUAAAGCCAGCGUCCUAAGUUACUUCUCAUCGCUGUCCCCAUCGAACAUCCCGGAAAAGUAUGCGCGGGUCACAAUCCACCACGGUUCUGCACCGGAACCUGUCGUAAAGGAUUAUCUUGUUGGACCGCUCCCUAUUGGGUCAUCCACUCGCAUGGAGCAUUUGACGGAGAUAUACCAUCUCGACGCUAUUCCGCACAAUGCACGUGGCUUUGAUACCCGUGACUGGACUGCUCCGGAGAUUUUUGAGAAGAUGGCGGCCCCCAUAAUGGAAGCAUACGAGGAACUUCUGGGCGGCACGCCCCAGGAUACUCUUACUACGGCCGGCAGUGGACCGUUCAGCUUUGACGGUUCAUUCAGACGUAUGUGGCUUGGCUGGCGACGCAACACGCCUGGCUUCUUCUUACACCCGCUCAACUUAUAUCAGUACAUUGAUCUUAGCGGUACCGAUCCUUCGCAAUGGGACCAGUUAAAGAUCGUGUACAAUCACCAAGUCUUUAACUCCCCAGAAUCUUUCAUGGAAGCGUUUCACAAUGGCAGCCUCAAACGCGUCCCUGUUAUCGACCCCGACACCAAUUUGUCUUACAGUACUCGUAAGCGUAUCGGAGCCCAACGCGAUCUCGACCAUCUUCCUGGACCUCGUUCGGUGUCGUUUGCAGGUCUGAGGUUCAGAGUGGAUCGUGAUCUUCAGUACGUCAGCUGGAUGGGCUGGGGCUUGUACCUUGGCUUCGACAGAGACAUGGGCUUGAGUUUGUGGGACAUCAGGUUCCGUGGUGAGCGGAUUGUUUAUGAGCUCAAACCUCAGGAAGCUCUUGCACAAUAUGCGGGCAACGAUCCAUUCCAGGCGACGACUGCUUGGCUCGAUCGCUACUUCGGCAUGGGGCAAUCCGUCCGUGAUAUGUUACCAGGCUAUGAUUGUCCACACGAAGCCGUGUAUCUGCCAGCGACCACGUACUCAGUGAAUGGAUUAACCACGCGACAGCGUGCAAUUUGUAUCUUCGAGCAUGAUAGCGGACGACCUCUUACGAGACAUCUUGGUUACGAAGAAAACGAGUUCGGGGCGGUCAAAGGCUAUGAGCUCGUGAUCAGAAGUAUUGCUACGUGUUUCGCCAUCUUUGUGAUGUUGACUGAAUUCCGUGUUUUUGACUAUAUUUUCCAUUUUGACGGAACCAUCGAGGUCCGCCUCUCCGCUUCCGGCUAUCUGCAAGCUGGAUUCUACGAUGAAACACAAGGGCAAUAUGGCAAUCGAAUCUGGGAAACCAGCAUGGGUAGCCUGCACGACCACGUCAUCAACUACAAGGUUGAUCUUGAUGUGGCGGGUACAGCAAACUCGUUGUUGAAGACUACUUUGACUCAAGAGGCAAUCACCCAGCCUUGGUUUGAGAAUGACUGGGGAGAUGAAGUUAUUCAGCAAGUAGUCACACGAGAGUAUAUCGACGACGAGAACGACGCCUUGUUGAAAUUCCCGACGAACUUCCAGGGCGGCUAUGCAAUCGUAAAUCAAGAGGAGAGCAACAAGUGGGGAACAUCGAGAGGAUACGCCAUUCAUCCAGGCUAUUCUCCUAUUCACAACACGGUCGUUGGUUCUAAGCGGCUCCUGAAGAACGCGAACUGGGCACGCUACAAUUUGGCUGUCUCCCGUCGCAAAGAGACAGAACCGUCCUCGAGUAGCAUGUGGAACUUCAAUUUGCCUGGUAGCCCUCCUGUCGACUUCCACAAGUUCUUUGAUGGAGAGAACAUCACACAAGAAGAUCUAGUUGCCUGGGUGAACCUUGGCAUGCAUCAUCUUCCCCAAUCAGAAGACGCACCUAACACACGAACGAACACAGCGACGUCAAGCUUCCUAUUGACACCUCUCAACUUCUUCGAUCACGAUGUAUCUAUUGAGUCGACCAAUGCUGUCCUCCUGAAGAACCCAGAAAAGCCUGGCGACCCCUUCACAUAUGACGACUAUGGUGUUCAGCCUGCUCACUGCCUGCCGGAACACCCGUCACCCUUCGAGUACCAUCCGGCGAAGAUGUUCGACCUGGAUGGAAGGCCUGCACCUGCUUCGUCAAUCGAAGACAUGCGCAAGGCCUCAGAGUUAUAUCAUCGCAUCAAACUUGAGUUGUAAAGCCUUAUCGCAGAUAGGAAGAUGGUGUAGUGAUCAGGUAGCUAACAAUAUGACUUCUUUUCAACACAUGUAUCAGUCUAUCCGUGAGGCUAUUAACAGAAGGAGGUUCAGUUCCUGAUCCUUCUUUCAUCUUAAACUAGCUCCGCAGCGGGUAGGCGCGUGAUAGUCCACAUGGAACUUGUGUAUUUAUGGUUUAGCGUCCUGUUCAGUCUUACACGUAUCUCUUCAUCUGUCUGCCAUCAUGGCCACAAGAUACGAGCAGCUGAAAGCUGCAUCCUUGGAUGAACCCAAGCAUGAGUCGACGCGAGCGCCGAACAGGAUCACCUCUCUUCGUCUUGGCCUUUCAUUCAUCCUCAUCCUUGUACUAGCUUCGCUAACCGUCAUCCAGGUCAGACCCUCUACCUCUGGCUCCAAAAUUG